GGGCGCAGCGGGGCAGGUAGCUGUGGGCUCCCGCGCCCUCGUGAGGGUGUCGGCCCGGGGCCCCGCCAUGGCAGGGAAGGACAGUGGGAAUCUGAAGACAGUGAGGCUGUGGCGGGACGCCGCCCUGCGUGCCAGGAAGCUGCGGAGCAACCUGCGCCAGCUCACCCUCAGCGCGGCCGGGGGCUGCCCCGAGGCCGGGGCCGACUCGAUCGACUCCCCGGACGCCCCCCAGCUCGUGCUGCCGGCCAACAUCGGGGACAUUGAGGUGCUGAACCUGGGGAACAACUGCCUGGAGGAGGUGCCAGACGGGCUGGGGUCGGCGCUGGGCAGCCUGCGGGUCCUGGUCCUGCGCAGGAACCGCUUUGCCCGGCUGCCCCCGGCGGUGGCCGAGUUGGGCCACCACCUCACAGAGCUAGACGUGAGCCACAACCGUCUGACCGCCUUGGGCGCGGAGGUGGUGAGCGCCCUGCACGAGCUGCGCAAGCUCAACCUCAGCCACAACCAGCUGCCUGCCUUGCCCGCCCAGCUGGGCGCUCUGGCCCACCUGGAGGAGCUGGAUGUCAGCUUUAACCGGCUGGCGCACCUGCCGGACUCCCUCUCCUCCCUCUACCGCCUGCGCACCCUCGACGUUGACCACAACCAGCUCACUGCUUUUCCUGGGCAGCUGCUGCAGUUGGCGGCCCUGGAGGAGCUGGACGUGUCCAGCAACCGGCUCCGGGGCCUACCUGAGGAUAUCAGUGCCCUGCGUGCCCUUAAGAUCCUCUGGCUGAGUGGGGCCGAGCUUGGCACCCUGCCUGAUGGCUUCUGUGAGCUGGCCAGCCUGGAGAGCCUCAUGCUAGACAACAACAGGCUGCAGGCUUUGCCCGCCCAGUUCAGCCAUCUGCAGCGGCUCAAAAUGCUCAACCUCUCCUCCAACCUCUUUGAGGAGUUCCCUGCAGCGCUGCUGCCCCUGGCUGGUCUGGAGGAGCUCUACCUUAGUCGCAACCAGCUCACCUCAGUGCCAUCCCUGAUCUCAGGGCUGGGGCGGCUCCUCACCCUGUGGCUGGAUAAUAACCGGAUCCGCUACCUGCCGGACUCCAUUGUGGAACUGACGGGCUUGGAGGAACUAGUGCUGCAGGGGAACCAGAUUGCUGUGCUGCCAGACAACUUUGGCCAGCUCUCCCGGGUGGGCCUGUGGAAGGUCAAGGACAACCCACUGAUCCAGCCCCCCUACGAGGUCUGUAUGAAGGGGAUCCCGUACAUCGCAGCCUACCAGAAGGAGCUGGCCCAUUCCCAGCCAGCGGUGCAGCCCCGCCUCAAGCUGCUCCUGAUGGGCCAUAAGGCUGCAGGGAAGACCUUGCUCCGUCACUGCCUCACUGAGGACAGAGUGGAGGGAAAUGAAGGAGAGGACAAGGAGAAGAGCUACCCACCUCCACCUCCUCCUGUGAGCAAGGGCAUUGAGGUGACCAGCUGGACAGCCGAUGCUUCCCGGGGCCUGCGGUUCAUUGUGUAUGACUUAGCUGGAGAUGAAAGUUAUGAGGUGAUCCAGCCCUUCUUUCUCUCCCCAGGGGCCCUUUAUGUGCUGGUGGUGAACUUGGCCACCUAUGAGCCACUACGAUUUUCUACCACGGUGGGCUCCUUCUUGCAUCGGGUGGGGGCCCGGGUGCCUCAUGCCGUGGUGUGCAUUGUGGGCACGCAUGCAGACCUGUGUGGGGAGCGGGAGCUGGAAGAGAAGUGUCUAGACAUUCACAGACAGAUAGCCCUGCAGGAGAAGCAUGAUGCAGAGGGGCUGAGCCAUCUGGCCCAGGUGGUGGACGAGGCGCUGGCCCGGGACUUCGAACUGCGCUCAGCCAGCCCCCAUGCAGCCUACUAUGGUGUUUCAGACAAGAACCUUCGGCGGCGCAAGGCCCACUUCCAGUAUCUGCUCAACCAUCGGCUGCAGAUCCUCUCCCCCGUGUUGCCCGUGAGCUGCAGGGACCCUCGCCAACUACAGCGCCUUCGGGACAAACUGCUCUCGGUAGCUGAGCACCGGGAAAUCUUCCCCAACUUGCACAGAGUCCUGCCUCGGUCCUGGCAGGUGCUGGAGGAACUGCAUUUCCAGCCACCUCAGGCACAACGGCUUUGGCUAAGCUGGUGGGACUCAGCACGCCUGGGCCUGCAGGCAGGUCUGACUGAGGACCGGCUGCAGAGCGCCCUGUCCUACCUGCACGAGAGCGGCAAGCUGCUCUACUUUGAGGACAGCCCGGCCCUCAAGGAACACGUCUUCCACAACCUCACCCGCCUCAUUGACAUCCUCAAUGUCUUUUUUCAGAGGGAUCCUUCCUUGUUGCUGCAUAAGCUGGUCCUAGGGACCAAUGGAGAAGGAGAGGGUGAGGGGGAAAACUCCCUAGUGAUGGCACUACCCACACCGAACCAGGACCUGCUCCGGGCCACCCAGCUCCAUCAUUAUGUGGAGGGCUUUCUGCUUCAUGGGCUCUUGCCGGCCCAUGUCAUUCGGUUGCUGCUUAAGCCUCAUGUCCAGGCCCAGCAGGACUUGCAGCUGCUGCUGGAGCUGCUGGAGAAGAUGGGACUCUGCUACUGCCUCAAUAAACCCAAGGGCAAGCCUUUGAAUGGGUCCACGGCCUGGUACAAGUUCCCAUGCUAUGUGCAGAAUGAGGUGCCCCAUGCAGAGGCCUGGAUUAAUGGGACCAACCUGGCUGGGCAGUCUUUUGUGGCUGAGCAGUUGCAGAUUGAAUAUAGUUUUCCCUUUACCUUCCCACCUGGGUUGUUUGCACGCUACAGUGUCCAGAUCAACAGCCAUGUGGUGCACAGGUCAGAUGGGAAACUUCAGAUCUUCGCAUAUAGAGGGAAAGUUCCUGUGGUGGUGAGUUACAGACCUGCCAAGGGGUUUCUGCAGCCAGAUACUCUGUCCAUUGCCAGCCAUGCAUCAUUACCAAACAUAUGGACGGCAUGGCAAGCCAUAACCCCCUUGGUGGAAGAACUGAAUGUCCUGCUUCAAGAAUGGCCUGGACUGCACUACACUGUGCACAUUCUCUGCUCUAAGUGCCUUAAGAGAGGGUCGCCCAAUCCACACGCUUUCCCAGGGGAGCUGCUGAGUCAGCCCAGACCAGAAGGAGUGGCCGAGAUCAUUUGCCCCAAGAACGGCAGUGAGCGAGUGAACGUUGCCUUGGUUUACCCACCUACACCGACUGUGAUCAGCCCCUGUUCCAAUAUGAAGAGCCAAACAGUGAAACCACUUUUAAACUGAGAAGAAAUACCUUCUUACCGCAAUUCUUGAACAGUCGCAGCCACAGGUCUUCUUGGAGCAGAUCUGGUAUCUGGGCGCUCUCGUGACAGCAAAGGUAUCUUCAUACUUUCUUGGAAAAUUAAGUGGAAAAGAUAGUGCUUCUUUCCCUAUGCCAUCAUUUACUGUGCCCAGUCUGUGACUUUAGGAGCACCAGUGUUUAAGGGUAUACGACAGAGUCCCGGGGGCACAGAGAAGAAAGGAUGCCACCUGCCAGAACUGGGGAACAUUCUGGGAACUUGCUGGACCUUGAUUGAUGGGAAGAACGUUGGUGAAAAGCACAGAAACCAGUGACCUUUGUGGCUGUGGAGUUUCCGUGGAGAAAAGAGAGCAUCCGAACUCAGCUGGACCGUCUUUCAUGCCUGGUAAACCCGCCCCACUCCCGGGGUGCCCGUGGACUUGCGUCGUGUGCAGGGUGCUCUCAGAGACGGGAGCGCGGCCGACCGGCAGAGGAGGGGGAGGGCGGGAGAGAAUGUGGAGCAAAUGUUUUACAACCUGAACCUCAGAACUGUGAUCCUCCAAGGAGAGCGCUACUUGAAGAAAAAGACAAAAAAAAAAAAAAAAAAAGUUGAAUGGCUUCUCAGGGAUUUUGUUUUCUG